AUGACUGGGAGCUCUUUGUGUUGGGUCUGGUCUCUCGCACUGGCCUCUCCCUCCGGCCUCUCCCCCUUCGGCCUCUCCUUCUUGCCUCUCCCUCCGGCCUCUCCCUCCGGCCUCUCCCUCCGGCCUCUCCCUCCGGUCUCACCCCUUGGUCUCUCCUUCCUGCCUCUCUCUCCGGUCUCUCUCUCCGGCCUCUCCCUCCGGCCUCUCCCUCCGGCCUCUCCCUCCGGUCUCUCCCUCCAGUCUCACCCCUUGGUCUCUCCUUCCUGCCUCUCCCUCCGGCCUCUCCCUCCGGCCUCUCCCUUCGGCCUCUCCCUCCGGCCUCUCCCUCCGGCCUCUCCCUCUGGCCUCUCCCUCCGGCCUCUCCCUCUGUCCUCUCCCUUCGGCCUCUCCCUCCGGCCUCUCCCUCCGGCCUCUCCCUCUGUCCUCUCCCUCCAGUCUCACCCCUUGGUCUCUCCUUCCUGCCUCUCCCUCCGGCCUCUCCCUCCGGCCUCUCCCUUCGGCCUCUCCCUCCGGCCUCUCCCUCUGUCCUCUCCCUCUGGCCUCUCCCUCUGUCCUCUCCCUUCGGCCUCUCCCUCCGGCCUCUCCCUCCGGCCUCUCCCUCCGGCCUCUCCCUUCGGCCUCUCCCUCCGGCCUCUCCCUCCGGCCUCUCCCUCUGUCCUCUCCCUCCGGCCUCUCCCUCUGUCCUCUCCCUCCGGCCUCUCCCUCUGUCCUCUCCCUUCGGCCUCUCCCUCCGGCCUCUCCCUCUGUCCUCUCCCUCCGGCCUCUCCCUCUGUCCUCUCCCUCCGGCCUCUCCCUCUGUCCUCUCCCUCCGGCCUCACCCUCCGGCCUCUCCCUCUGUCCUCUCCCUCUGUCCUCUCCCUCCGGCCUCUCCCUCUGUCCUCUCCCUCUGUCCUCUCCCUCCGGCCUCUCCCUCUGUCCUCUCCCUUCGGCCUCUCCCUCCGGCCUCUCCCUCCGGCCUCUCCCUCCGGGCCUCUCCCUCCGGCCUCUCCCUCCGGCCUCUCCCUCCGGCCUCUCCCUUCGGCCUCUCCCUCUGUCCUCUCCCUCCGGCCUCUCCCUCCGGCCUCUCCCUCCGGCCUCUCCCUCCGGUCUCACCCCUUGGUCUCUCCUUCCUGCCUCUCCCUCCGGCCUCUCCCUCCGGCCUCUCCCUCCGGCCUCUCCCUCCGGCCUCUCCCUUCGGCCUCUCCCUCCGGCCUCACCCUCCGGCCUCUCCCUCUGUCCUCUCCCUCCGGCCUCUCCCUCUGUCCUCUCCCUCCGGCCUCUCCCUCUGUCCUCUCCCUCCGGCCUCUCCCUCUGUCCUCUCCCUCCGGCCUCUCCCUCUGUCCUCUCCCUUCGGCCUCUCCCUCCGGAGGAGCAGAGGCGGAGCAGAGGAGGAGAAGAGAAGCAGAGGAGAGACCAGAAGUGGACCAGAAGUAG